GCACUGCGUGGAGACUGAAGUGGUUCCUUCACCUCAUCCCCUGUAAAUCUGCACUGUGGGGCUUGAGGGAUGAGCUGGGAGGUCACGACCAUCUCCCUUCUCUGGCUGUGACAGCUGACAGAGCCGGGGCAACUGCAUUAGUGCUUAACGAAGGGCCAGUGCCAAGAGCAGCAUCUGGUGUGGGGGUACAAAGCCUCUACAAAUCCUGCAUGUCUGCACCUUCCUGUCCCACCAGGGCAGGGCUGGCAGGGGUAAACUGAGGCAAGAUCGUGCUCUUUCCAGCUUGCUAUCACAGAUGUCCUUCUAGGAAACAGGUAGCGUGUGGCAAAUGCAAACAGCUAAUAGGAACAGAAUAAGGGAAGAGAGAAGUGCAGGUCUGGAAAUAGUUCCUUACAUAAAGGACUAGUGCCUCAAUCUCAUUAGUGUCUUAAGGAGCGGGCGCUUGGCCGCCUCCGACUCCCGCGACGCGAACCACAAUCUGAUCAGCAAUCGGCUUUGGGACCCUGGCAGGUGCCACGUGGCACCAGGACACGGCAGUGCCCCCCGGGCAGCCGCUCCACGGCUCCUCCGAGCUCGCAGCACUCAUCCCAGCCAGCGUGUGCCCAGCGGGAGCGUUCCCAUGAAGCCAGGGCUGCUGUCCCCCGGCCCCUAACAGGAGUCACGGCUCCCGAGGGCCAGGCACCAUGAGGCAGCUGGGGACCAGGCGGGCGAGUCUCUCGGCCAGCCUGAAGAUAGGGGAUCACCAGGGCCGCCGCCGGACCCUGGAGGAGGAGGCAGUGCACAUCCCCUUCGCGCAGGACAGCCUGGUAAAACAAUGGAGCUCCAUGCAGAACGUGGCAGAGGGAAACGAGGAGAGCGAGACUCCCAUCCAAAGGAACAAGUACCUGCUCAACAUCAACGUGGGUGGCAAGUCGUUCCAGAUAGCUUGCAAGGUACUGGCCCAGUAUCCCAUCACGAGGCUUGGGAAGCUGGCCCUCUAUACGGACCCCGCGAAGAAGAUGCAGCUCUGCGAUGACUACUUGGUGCAGAAGAACGAGUACUUCUUUGACAGAGAUCCUUCAGUCUUCCACUACAUCUUCCACUUCUACCGCAGUGGGGUCCUGUGGGUGAUGGAUGAGAUGUGCCCCAGUAACUUUGUGGAGGAAAUCGAGUACUGGGGGAUCCAUCUGAAAUACUCCCAACGCUGCUGCCGGAUCCUGUUCGAGGAAAAGCAAGAUGAACUCAAUGAGUACCUGAAAAUAGAGAAGGAGCUGGAGGCAGAACUGGAGCCCCUGGACUCGGGGAAUAAGUUUGAUGGCAAAUUUCUGGGUGGGUUUCGGAAGAUGAUCUGGAACCUCAUUGAGAACCCGUACUCUUCUGUCCCAGCCAAGAUCAUUGCUGUCAUGUCGAGCUUCUUUGUGCUUAUCUCCAUUGUGGGCAUGACACUGAGCACAGUGGAGGAGAUGAAAAACAAAACAGGGAAGAUGUGGAUGGAGCAGAUGGAGAUGAUCUGUGCCAUCUUCUUCACCUCUGAGUACCUCAUGCGGCUCAUAUCCUCCUCCAGCUUCAAGAUCUUUCUGCGGGCAGCGUUUAAUGCCAUAGACCUGGUGGCCAUCCUGCCCUUCUACGUCCAGCUCCUCUUUGAAAAUCUGGACGAAGCAGACACGCUUUACCACGAGGAGUUGCACAAGGUGGAGAAUGUGAGCAAGCUGGGCAAGGUCCUCAAGCUCAUCAAGCUCAUGAGGAUCUUCCGCAUCCUCAAGCUGGCGCGCCACUCCACCGGCCUCCGGGCCUUCAGCUUCACCAUGCGCCAGUGCUACCAGCAGGUUUGCUGCCUCCUCCUCUUCAUUGCCAUGGGUGUCUUCACCUUCUCCGCCCUCAUACACUCGGUGGAACACGAUGUCCCCGGCACUGACUUCACCAGUAUCCCCUGUGCGUGGUGGUGGGCAGCGGUCAGCCUCUCCACCGUGGGCUAUGGAGACACCGUGCCUGACACAAUACUCGGCAGGAUGGUGGCAUUUGUCUGCAUCUCCUUUGGCAUCAUCCUCAAUGGCAUGCCCAUCUCCAUCCUCUACAACAAGUUUUCUGACUACUAUGCCAAGCUGAAGGCUCAUGAGCUAAGCCAGUCACAGCAGCUCUCCAGGAGGGUCCACCUGAAGGAGCGAGUCCUGCGGAAGCUGUCGGAGUGCUGGAGAGCCGACCCCCGCUAUCACCGCUGACCACAGGCCCCCCACCCCCGGACACCCCCUGCCCUCUGUCCUGACCAGCACGUCCUGUCCUCCAGGGAGGCUCUGAACCAUGGGCAGUGAGUCACAGCAGCGUGCAGGGCUCUGCUGUUGCACAGGGGCCACUGCCAGCUGGGCCCCCCUCCCUGCUGUGUGCUGGCCACUGUCCUGCAGAGCCGUCAGAGCUGCCUGAGGAGCUGUCUCAGGGCAGGGUGUCUGUGUGUCUGUC